UUCUUUCCAUACAUUUAUUAUGUGUCUGUCAGGUUUAAAGCCGAUACAAACUUGUACGAACAGCAUUUUAAGUGAAGUAAAAACCAAUUAUAUUAAUAUUUUAACGCUUGUAUUUUAUACUGCUUUUUAAAGAUUGGCAGAGAAAAAAGGAAGGCGAUUUUUAUUUACAUAUCUUUUGUAUCUUAAAUUAUCCGUAAUAACUGAUUGUCAUGGAUACCAUCAAACUAAACAGAAGACUAGAUAGACAUGGUUAUAGUGUAUGUGUUAGAAACAUGAACCAGAGAACACAGUUAAUGGGGGAAUUUCUUGAAGAACGUUUUUUAAGGAAGUCUAUUACUAGUGGCGGCUUGUCAGAAGGGUCCGGUUUAGACGGAAGUGACUCUGAUGUUAUGGAAGUAGUGGAAGGAUUAAGUGUUACGAAAGAUAUGGAAAGCAGUGGUAGUUAUCGUGUUUGGCCACAAAAUGCAUAUUUUACACCAAUUUAUAUUUCAAGAAAUGGAUGCAGUUCGGGAUAUUGUAGAUUAAAAGUCAACGAUAAUGACUUGUACUUGCUUGAAGUGCUCACUCGGAAAGUUCUAGAUUUUUUAAUUAAUAGAGUAGACUUUUUUGCACUAAUUAAGAGGGACGAUAAUGGGUGUUUUAUCUCGAGUAAACUUUUUCGUGAGAAAAUACUCCCAUUUGGAUAUAUUCUUGAAAAACAAAUAGAAUCGACAUUUACAAGUAAUGGACCAGCGACGACUUGUGCUAAUGUAGACACAGUCAAAUGUUUGAAAAUAAACCAAUGGCCUGUCGAAGCAAUUGCAUGGAGAACUCGUGAUAGAAAGAACAAUUGGCCGAGCAAAAUGACUUUAGAAUCAUUAGACAGUAACGUCUCUUGCUACGUUGUUCCGGUUGGUAGCAAAUCUUCUAAAGAUCAAGACAUGGAAUGGAGGCUUUCAUUCACAGAAAUUGAAAGACAUCUGAUAUGGAGCAUGAAUGAUACACAGUUCAAAUGUUUUGUUCUACUGAAGGCUCUUAAGAAACAAUAUUUGAAAGACAUUAUAUCGUCUUAUCAUAUUAAAAAUGUUGCACUUUGGCUUUGCGAAGAAUGUCCUGAAACGGAUUGGAGAAGUGAGUUAUUGGUAGAUUGUGUGCAAAUGGGUCUUCUAAAGUUAGCCAAAUAUGUUAAACAAGGUUUUAUGUCUCAUUAUAUUAUACCAGAAAAUAAUCUUUUCCUCGAUAAAAGUCGUACUGAAAAAAGGAAGGCGACAAAGAUAAUAAAAGCAGUUCUCAAAAACCUAAACAUUAAAGUUAACACAUUGUCAAAUUUUAUGUACCAACAUAUAGUUGUUGUGCUUCCAAAUAACAUCAGACUUCAAAAAUACAUUUCCCUUGAAAAAUCUCGUUCUCUUAUAGAAUAUUCAAAAAGAUGUUUAAAUGCAUUACUGUUCGUCAGCCAUCAUUUUAAUGAUUGUGAAUCAGUUUGUAAAGGCAUAAAAAAAACUUUUGGAAAAGACGGCGAAGAAAUUUUGCCCUGUAUACGUCUGGCAUUCACCACUUCAGAGCUCAGAGAGUGUCAUCGAACACAAAGGGAAAUUGACGAAUAUAUCACUAAAAUGCUUAGAUUAAAGGAUUUUGAUUACUUGACAGUGCCACUAACAUGUGCAAUAAUAUACUCGGAAUACGGGAGGUUUUCUGAAGUAAGGACUUGCCUGUUACCAAAAUUACAAGAUAAGUCAGAGAAAUAUUACAUAACGCGUACCUUUGUAAUUCUAUGCUCAAGAAUUUGUUUAAAAUCAGGGACAAAAGAAUAUCUUCCAAGUUUACCAUCACCUCCAGGUCGACACAAUUUACUAAUGGACUUCGUAAUAAAUUGGCAGGCACGUGACAAUAUUCCACAUCCUUUCAAACUUCAGUUUUAUUUACUAGGACCUAGAAAUUCCAUUAAAUGUAACCCACUUUUUCUAAGUUGGUAUUUAUUAUACUUGUCUGCCUAUAAACUGGGACUUCAUGUAGAAAGGGAUUCAAUACAGGUCGUCUUCAAAAUGGCUUUGUCAAGACCUAAUGAAAAUUUUCAUAUGAUGCAUUACGUACAUUUGAACCUAUUUGGCUAUUUGAUGUACGUAUCAGGUGACAGGAAAUUGGCGUUUUCCUAUUUUGCAAAAUCGUUAUUAUCUAAACCAGUAUUAAAGAAUGCAGCAAUUUAUCAUAUAGCUAUCAUGAUAAGUGACAUACUUAAAAAUAGAUAAGUUGUGCUAAGAGAAGAGAAGAGGGUCUGCGAAAUACCACAGAAAAUGACAGCAAUUUCCAGGCUCCGUUUGAAUAAGACAGUUCGUGAACUGCUUUAUAAAUUUAAAACAUUGAAGCAUAAUUUAAGUUUAUGUGAUUGGCAUUAUAU